AUGGAAAGCACUUGUGCGGGUAAAAAUCGGCUUAGCAUCAAUGGAACAGUUAAUACCGAAGAAGAGAGGAGUGUGUCACAUGCAACGAAGGAUUUUCCACUCGGCUCCUUGUGCCGCCGACGACUUAAAGUAUUUGUACUUCACUCGACUGUUGUCCUCGCCAACGAGGACAAACGCUCUAGACGAGACCGAAGUAGGCUGGAUUUGAAUCCACUUAAAGGAUUAAACGCGGGAGGCCAUUUCGGGGACGCUUGCUGCUCUAUCAACUCUUUAUACAUAGAAUUUAUGUACAUUUUUAGUACAGAAAGAUACCGAAUUAUAACUGAAAAACAGUUUUACGUCUUGAAAAGGCUUAGCGAUACCCGCUGGUUUUGUCGAGAUGAAGCUACGAAAACUAUUGUCGAUAGUUAUUCUAAAAUCAAAGAAGCUCUUACCAGCAUAUCUUGUGAUAAUUUGGAGAAGAUGAGUUGA